UUCCUUCACAUUUCAUCUUCCACUCUUCUCUAGGUUUUUUUCUUAAAUCAGAGCGACGGAGUUUUGGUAGAAGAAACACGAUGGAGGUCACGAGAAGAAGAACUAGAAGGCAGUGGGAUAUUUUCUGGAAACAAGAACACGCUGACCGGAAACAAAAGCAGAAGACGAAUGAUGCUGCUGCUGCUUUUCAAACGUUGAAUUCCGAUGAUAUGGAGCAGAAUCAUGGUGUUGAGACGUUGAUUGCCGAUGAUUCGGAGCAGAAUCAUGGUGUUGAAACGUUGAUUACCGAUGAUACGGAGCAGAAUCAUGGUGCUGAGACGUUGCGGAAUCAUGGUUUUGAAACGUUGAUUACCGAUGAUACGGAGCAGAAUCAUGGUGCUGAGGCGUUGAUUACCGAUGAUAUGGAGCAGAAUCAUGGUGUUGAAACAUUGAAUACCGCUGCUGAAGAGGUUUUGAUUGCAUCGGAUGUGGAGCAGAAUGAUGGUGUUGAAGCGUUUGACAAGAAUGAUGCUAUGAAUGUGGAUGAUGACGAUGAUGUUAACAACAGUGGCGAAGAUGAUUUGGAAGAUUCGGAUGUUUCUGUGGAGGAUUCAGAUGAGCCUGCCUCUAAAUCUGAGGAAGGAGGCGAGUCUUCGGUUUCUGAAUCAUCAGAUGAUGAGUAUGCUGUUGUUGAAAACACUAGGAAGAGAGAGCAUCUCAGAAAAGGGAGUCCUACAAAGCCAGUAAAUGUUGUUGUUGUUGAUGAUGAUGAUGAUGAUGAUAAUGAUGAUCAAAGUGAUCAAACCAGUGAAACAAGGUCUCAAGAGCACAAAUCGGAUUCUGAAGUAUUCACCGGAAAUUCCAAUGAGAAGUCUGUCAGGUUAAGGGAGAAGACAAUAAUUGUGAAUAGGGAGAAGGAGACAGAGGCAGAGAUGCUUAAGGAGAAGGAUAGAGUUAAGAGGGUAAGCAAGAAAAGGUCUCAUUCUGCAAAAGAUCUCAACUUCACCAAGAUUUUGGAGUCUAUCAAUGCAGUCAAGGAUAAACAAUGUAACAUCGACGACAAGCCAGUGCCUGUGCCUGAAAAUGCUCUUCCAUUGAGGUUCAGAUUUGAGGAUGAGGUGGUGCUCCUCCCACAGAAAUCGGAACAUGAAAAGUUCAUAGAUGAACUCUUUCAUGAUCUAGAAUUAGGAUUGCGACAAACUGAAAUGGCUGAGAGUGAUGAGCUUAAGACCACUGUGGAUAUGGAUGAAAGUUGUUGCCACCAAGGGAAGCAUGAAGCUAUUCUUGAUGAACAGAUAGGGCUCAUUUGCAAAUACUGUGAUAUUCUGAUUAUGGGCAUAAAACAUGUCUUACCAUCUUUUCAUGUACCAACUUGGGAGAGGCGAGACAGGAGGUAUUACCGUGAUGAGUUCCAAAGCUCCUACUUAAGCGAGAUUCAAUUCGGGGGCCCUGGUUCCAGUACCCCUGGUUCGACAAGUUGCAUGAAAGGAACAGUAUGGGAAUUAAUCCCUGGUGUUAAGGAAGACCUUUACCCUCAUCAGCAGGAGGGGUUCGAGUUCAUGUGGAGAAACAUAGCAGGAGACACCAAACUUGAGAAACUGAAGCAGAAUCUUGCUGAUGAUGCAAGAGGGUGCAUAAUCUCACAUGCCCCAGGCACUGGAAAGACUCGUCUCACCAUAGUGUUCCUGCAGUCAUUUCUGAAGCUGUAUCCCGCUUGCAGCCCCUUGAUCAUAGCUCCUAAAGGGAUGCUUCUGACAUGGGAAGCCGAGUUCAAGAAAUGGAACUCCAACGUUGCGUUUCACAAUCUAAAUAACAAAGAGCUAUCUUGGGAAGAAAAGGCAGUUGCUACUGAGCUUCUUGGGAAAGAUGGGAGUGGAGUCUUGCAUCAGGACUGCGUUCGCCUUCUGAAAUUGUAUUCAUGGGAGAGAGGAGGUAGCAUCUUAGGUGUCAGCUACCAACUGUUUGAGAAGCUUGCAGGAGAAAGAGAUGGGAGAAGAACGCAGCAUAAGAAAAUCGGGGAGUUGCUUCGUGAAAGGCCAGGCCUUUUAGUGCUUGACGAAGGGCAUACACCUCGUAAUCACAAGAGCCUGAUGUGGAAGACCUUGACUAAAGUCUCAACACAGCGACGUAUCAUCUUGUCAGGCACUCCAUUCCAAAACAGCCUCAGGGAGCUAUUCAACACUCUUUGCAUUGUUGCUCCAAAGUUUGCAAAUCAGGACAACAGCAUGCGCGGACCAAGAUGGAAGAAAUUGCUCAGUUCAUCCGACAUAAGUAGCGGCAGCAUGCUGAAAUUGAGGGAUGUGCUAGAACCAUACAUUCAUGUGUACAAGGGAACCGUGCUAGAGGAAAAGCUUCCCGGACUGAUGCACACACUAGUAUUCUUGCAUCCAACCAAGUCUCAACAGCUACUGCUAGAAAAAGCUUGCAAAGAGGAGAUGUUUAAGAUGGUUCGGAUGGUAUCCCUAAUCUCCGUUCAUCCUUCAAUAAACGCAGUAGAAGAGAGGUACUCCAUUAGAAGAGAAGAGAAUGCAACGAAUAUUGAGGAUGGGGUGAAGGCAAGGUUUCUUCUGAAGCUAGUACACUUUGCUGAUGCACUCGGUGAGAGGGUGCUCAUCUUCAGCCAGUUCAUAGACUCUCUUGUGUUCAUCAAAGAGCAGUUUGAGUCCGUUUAUUCUUGGAAUGAAGGAAGAGAAGUUCUUUACAUCGAUGGACAGGUUGAUGAUAAGAAACGCCAAGAAUCCAUAUCAUGCUUCAAUGAUGAAACAAGCGAGGCAAAGGUUCUUCUUGCAUCCGAGAGAGCUUGCUCGGAGGGGAUAAACCUGACAGGGGCUUCAAGAGUUGUGCUGCUGGAUACCGUGUGGAAUCCAUCAGUGGAGAAGCAAGCAAUCAGUAGGGCUUACCGGCUUGGUCAGAAGAGAGUCGUGCAUGUAUAUCGCCUAUUUACAUCUGGCAUUGAGGUCAAACAAUAUGCACAGCAGAAUCUCAAAGAGCGUAUAUCACGGUGGAUGUUCUCUCUUGGCGAAGAACGUAGUGCAACUUCACGAGCCGUCCCAGAGGACAAGGUUUUGGAAGCCAUGCGUAAUCUCGAAAAUUUCAAUCAGAUAUUUGAGAGGAUUAUUUCCCAACCAAAGGAAUCCGACCUCAUCAAAACAUUCGGACUAGAAGGGAAGAAGUAGAAACGUUUCAAGAUGGUUCAUGCCACGUUGCUUCGUAUUGAAAAUGGCUGUUAUUAAUUUUUUGGCUGCAUUUAUGCGAGACUUAUCAUUAACCAUGCAAAUUUUUUGGUGAAUGUGACAUGAUAGUCUUUCUGUUGGAGAUGUGAAGUAGUUAAGCAUGGUUCAGUAUAUUUUGUAUGAAGCUGUUUGUUACUUUUGCCAUUUAUCUGUGUUGAUUUAGUCUAUA